AUGAAAUCAUUCUGCUCCUGUCCCACCCUCGCCCGCGCCUCUGGCGAGCUACAGUCUCUCUCCCACUGCCUCCCUCUGGCGAGCUCGGGGCGAGUUCAGGAGUUUCAGGUGUUUCUUCAGGUGCUGCGUCAGGAGCCUGGGCAUACGUCCCUCCUCUUGUCCAUCUGGCAUAUCCCCGACCCGCUCCUCCCGCUUCUCCCGCCCCUCUUCCUCUUCCACCUGCUCUUCCCCCUUCUCAUCCCCUUUUUCGAUCCUUUUCCUCCCCUGUCCGCUCUGGCCCUCUCUUUCAUCACCACGCGCUCUGCUCGCCUGUGCUUCUCUUCUCCCCACCCCCCCUUUUUCUCUCUUGCAGUUGGCAAAUCGUUUCCACACGCCCUCCCACGUCCCUCCUCCUAUCCAUAUGGAACAUCCCCGACCGACCCGCACCACCCCUUGCUCCCGCCCUCCUUCCUCUGCCUCCAAAGCUUCUCAGAUUGUCAUUUCCCCCUUCUUGUUCCUUUUCCCCCCCGUUCUUCCUCUGCAGUUGGCAAACCAUCCUCCACGCGGCCCCCCACGUCCCUCCUCCUGUCCAUAUGGCACAUCCCGGACCCGCACCACCCCCUCCUCCCGCCCUCCUUCCUCUGCCUCCUCCGCUUCGCCCCUCCUCCCCUCCACCCUCCCCAAUCCAAACCCUCUCGCUCCAGAACCCCAGGCUCGGGCUCCUCUCUAGGGUUUUGGGACGAGGGUUUAGAGGGGGAUGAGGAGGAGGAAGAGGAGGAAGGGGAGGAGGCGGUAGCAGAGGUGAGAUUCUCCCCUGAUGGGGGGUCACUAGCGGUGGUACACCACCGGGGGGUUUUGUCUCUUAUGCGGAUGUCGGCUAAGGAUUCUGAACUCAUGCUGCUGCCUAGGAGUGUGGGGAGAACUGUGGGUGUUCCCUCUGGGGCUGCGGUGGAGGAGGAAGGGAGUGUGGUGGAGAGGGGUGUGGAGGAGUGGGGUGUGAUGAAGGACGGGACGGAAGAAAAGGACGGAGAGGAGGGGGUGAAGGAGAAGGGAGAGGAAGGGACACAGCAGAGGAAAGCAGUGCGGUUCCGAAUGGUGCAAGGCGGUGUGGUGGAUUGCGUCACCAGUGUGACUUGGCUCAGCACAGAUACAAUAGCAGUAUCCCAUCGCUCAGGGAGAGUAGCCAUAGCUACAGUGCACGAUUUAUCCAAUCUCACCGGCCCGUUCCCUCUAGUCUUCGGCCCCCGGGCGGUCCUCUGCUCGUCCAAUCUCCUCAUGCCACGUGGCAGCAGCAGGUCUGGAGUGUACCCGCGAGGGGUGAUUGUUCUAGAGCCGGUCGCGAGACAGGUGUCGGUUCCUGAUUGGGCGAGAGGGACUUUUGGAAAUGUGACUGAUUCUCGUGGGGAGGGAGCGCUGGAGAACGGAUGGCGGGUUUUGUCUCUUGUGGAGCAGCCGGCGGCGGUUAUGGUGCGGGUGUUAACUGAGGAAGGUAGACUAGGGGAUGCGCUGGGGAUGGCCCGGGCGGCAGGGUUGCAUUCAGAUGUGGUGUUUAAGGCUGCUUGGACGAGCAUGGGUGUGGGAAUUUCCGCAGGAGAAGCAGCAGGCGGAGAAAGAGGAGGAAGAGGAGGAGGAGGAGGAGGAGCAGGAGUAAGUGAGAGUGGGAGGUUGUUGGGCGGAGACAGGGGGCUUGCUGUUAGAGAGGAGGAAGGGAAAGAGGCCGGGAAUGACGAUGCUGAGGGGAGUGAGGAGGAGAGAGAGGAGGAGGAAGAGGAGGAGGUAUCAGCAAUCACGGAUUACUUGUCUCGAGUGUCUGACCUCCCGUGGGUGGUGAGGGAGUGUGUGAGUGUGGUGUGCGGUACUGCAAAGGGCAUGGAUUUGCUGUUAAGUCUGGGUCUUGGAGCCACAAGCAGUCUCAAGGAGGAAACCCUAAAAGCAGCCGCAGCAGCAGCAGCAGCAGCAGGAAUCCCUGAUGUGACGCUAUCAGGUGUAAAGCUGGCUCUGGUACGAUCCAGGUUGCAGCUUUUGUCCUUUCGUGACCGCCUACAGAGCUACCUAGCCCUCAACAUGGGGCGGUACGAUCCCCAACAGUACGGCGUCUUUCGUCUUCUUCCCCUCCACUCUGCCGCCCAGCGGUUCACCUCCGCCGGCCGGAUCUCAGCCGUCCACAUUCUGCUGCAGAGGCAUCCCUUCUCACUCUCCCCUCACCUCCUCUCCCUCCUAUCCUCUCUUCCAGAAACCCUCCCUCCUCACUCCUAUAGAGCAAUUCUCCCUGGUGCCUCCCCCUCUCCUGUUUCCCGGACCAGAGGGGCCGAUUGGGUGGAAGGGCGAGGGGUGCUGCAGAUGAUUGGAGCAGGGUCGGCUGUAGCAGCUGCAGAUUCAGCUGCUGCUGUAGCUGUUGCUGCUGGUAGUGGCGGCGGUGGUGGUGCUGCCAUUGUGGCAUUUGCUACAGAACAGGUGGUGUUUCUGUCUCAGGGAUUUAAGUUCCCGUCCAAGCCUGCCGUUGAGGCUUGGUACCUUUCCCGAGCCAGGGAGAUUGAGGAACGGACGGGCCUGCUGCAACACUCGCUCGCGCUGCUGGAUCUAGGUUUGGCAGCAGGCUUGGCAGAGGUUCGGAAUGCUAUGGAGGACUAUGCCGAGCUGAACAGAGUGGUGUAUGGGGCAUGCGGGGCUGAUAAUAAAGAGUAUGAGGAAGGGAACGAGGAAGGCAGAGAGGAGGGGGGUGACGAGGCAGGGGAAGGACGGGAUGACAGGAAAGAGCAGGAGGAGGAGCAGGAGGAACAGGGAGAGGGGCAACAUCAUCAUCAGCAGCAGCAGCAGCAACAGUCUGCUCAAUCUGCUUCUGUCUUCUCUGCUGUUACCCCAAUUGCCCUAAAACGCGCCGAACUCACUCUUUCCAUCUGGUUACAGCUCCCCAUAAUCCAACGGUUCAGAUUUGUUCUCGGGCAGCCCCGCCCCGCAUCCAUCGUCUCACGCCUGCACGAGCGCGCUCUGCCAAUCCUGUUCCGCCACCUGGCGUCGCCGCAGCAGGUCUGGAGCCUCCUGGAAAAAUGGCUAAGGGAGGAAAUCGCCCCUGUGAGAGGCAGAAUGGCAGUUUUCUCCUCUGUUGUGGCUGAAAUGGCUAAGGGAAAACAUGGCUGUCUCUCCCUCACAACCUCGAGCCCCCCCUCUCUCUCCUCUCCUCCGCUUCCUUCCACCGGCCCUCUUCCCUCCUCUUCCGCUUCCUCUUCCUCCUCCCAGCCCUCCUCCGCAUCAUCCCUUCUCCCUUUCUCUCUUUCCGAUCUUGCCUCUCUCUCCCUCCACUGCCUCCCUCUCUCUGCCUCUACUGAUGAAUGGAGCUCUAUGGCUUUUCUUCUCCGAGCCAUUCUAGACUCUCACAAAACUGCUGCUCUAGCAGAACAACACAGGGUUAAGUCUCCUGCUUCUGCUGCUGCUUCUGCCGCUGCUGCUGCUGCUGCUGCUGGGGGGAGGGGUAGGCGUGGUGGAGCUUCGGCCCGAGCCUCCGGCGCAGGCUUGGAGCCGCUAGGUUCGGAGCAGCAGGAGGCAGUGGCGAGCGCGCUGCUAUUGGUGGAAGCUGGGGCUGUCCUUGCCACGUAUGAGCUCCCCACACCCUACACCGCCCUCGUCCAAUCACGCAGCGACACGUCAGCAGCCCUCCAGCUCCUCCGCAGCCUCCUCUCCGCCUUCGCCCGCCGCCAGCCGCCCCCGGAGGAUCCCGAUUGGCUGGAUCUCUUCCGCCACGUCAGCACGCUCAAACACUCCGCGUUCCUCCCCCUUUCCCCAGACUCCCUCCCUUCGGAAAUGGCCAGAGUGCUGCUAAGGGAAGGGCGAUUCGCGCUAGCCAGGCAGUUUCUGAGAAGCGGGGGAAGCGGGGGGACUGGGGGGAGUGGGAGAGGAAGAGGGGGAGGGGAGGACGUGUGGUUGGAGGAAGAUGCGGUGUUGAGUGAGGAUCGGGUUGAAGCGCUGGUGAUUGGUGCUGCCAGGAACUUCUUCUACUCCUCCCCGACACUCGACUCCCCAGAUAUCCACAGCGCAUUCGCCUGUCUGGACAUACUCCCGCGCAACCCAGCAGCAGCAGCGGAGAGGCAGCUCUUCUCAGCUCUAGUCAUCGACCUCCCAGCCUGUGGCCUCCACCUCCUCCCCCUCCACCUGCGCCAAACCCGCGACCGACUCGAUAUUAUACACCAAGUCCUCAACCUCUGCCCGUUCCCUCCAAUCUCCCUCCUCCUCACCACCACCACCACCACCUCCUCCUCUUACUCCUUCUAUUCCUCCUCUUCUUACCCUUCCUCUCACGUCUCCCCUUAUUCCCCCUCCUCGGCGUCCUCCCCCUUCGCUCCGGUCUUUGCCGUCGAUCUUGCGAACACAGGGGCACCCGAGGUCCUCACCCUGGCAUGGAAAUUAGGGCUGACGUCAGCAGCGGAUGAAGGGAGGGUGCUAGAAGCGGUGGCGAGAGCAGCGGCAGCAAGGGCGGAUAUAAGAACGGCUAGAAAGGUCGUUCAGGAGCUCAUGAGUAGGAGCUAUGGAGGGAUAUGGGAUCUCUGUGCUGCUUUGGCUAGGGGACCGGCUAGUAAGGGGGGAAGGGGAGGGUUGGGAGGAGGCAGGGGUGGGGGAAUGGGCAGGUUGGGGAGGCAGGGAGGGAGGCUAGGGAGUGGGAUGCAGGGGCAGCUGCAAAAGGGGAAGCUGUCGCGAUCGGCUGUGGAGCUGGGUGCGGGUGAGGGGAGAAGGGGUGGUGUGAGUGGGAGAGGGAGAGGCGGAGCGGGAUUUGAGAGGGUGGAUGGGAGUGAGGAUGGGGCGAUGGGUAGUGAUGGUGGGAGUGUGAGCGAUAGCAGCAGCAGCAGCACGAGCCUGAGCACUAUGAUUGGACGAACAGUUGCUUCUGCAGCUGAUCUGUCUGCUGAUGUUAGCGUAGAUGAAUCCGCCAGCAGUGCAGCAAGCACCGCUGCUGACGUGGACGCUGACGUGGAUGCUGACGUGGACGACGGAUCCGAUGACAUCAGCAUGCCGAUCCGGAGGGAGUUCCUAGGGUUUGCUCUGGCUCAUUGCGACGAAGCUUCCCUCCCGGACCUGCUAGCCUCGUGGCAAGGCUUGGAUGCCACGGAACGGUGCGUGGCGCUAGGUGCGGCGACAGGCUUGGUGGUCCCAGGCCUGCGAGAGCAGGAGGCGCUGCUCCCGGACCUAGCUGCCGGCCGAGCCUCAGGCAAGUGGGAAGGCACGGAAGUGCUGGUGGUUCCCGAAGCUGCCACUGCCCCUGCUACAGCCGGUGCUACAGCCGGCAGAAGCAGCAGCAGUAGCAAAAUCCGGGGGAAGGCAGGGAGCUCAGCUGUUACUACCACCAGCACUGGAAGAAAACUGGCUAGUCUGGGUGGGGGACGGGGGGCGAUCGGGAGGGACGUGGGGAGGAGGGCGCUGGCGCUGGUAUCGAGUGACGGGGAGGCGUGGGGGGAUAAGCAGUGGGAGGAGGUGCCUCGACUGCUGCUGCCGUUUGCCUGCCUGCACUUGCCCUGGAUGCUCCAGGUGAAAACCCGCCGUGCUGCUGCUGCUGCCGCUGCUGCUGCCGCCACUGCUGCUGGGGCUGCUGCAAAAACUGGAGGGACAGCAUCAGCAUCAGCAGCAGCAGCAGCAGCAGGCGGAGGGGGAGUGGCAGAAGCAGCAGCAGCAGCGGAUCCUAUAGUGGAGCAGAUAGUGGUGCUGAUUCUCCACGUGCUCGCGUCCUGCCAGGUGUCGCCCUCUGAUAAGCUCCUGACCGAAGCUGCCCGGAGCGCCCUAACUGCUGGGGACAUAGUCUCUGCUGCGGCAGCUGCGGCCGGUCUGUGGGGGGUACCUGGAGCAGGAGUAAGGGGAGUGGGUGGCUUGUCAGGUGCUGCGUCAGGUGCUGCGUCAGGUGGUGGAUCAGGUGGUAGAUCAGGUGCUGCCGAGUCAGGUGCCGGGCCAGGUGGAGGGGUAAGUGCUGAUGGUUCUGGAGCAGCGGAAGGGAAAGAAGUUAGCCCUACAGCCGCUGUUGCAUCUGCUGAGGUGGCGGCGUGUGAUUCGCUGGCGAUGGCGUUUCUGCUGCAGGCUGGGGAUUCAGUGCGGGCGGCAGGGGUGAUCGAUGCUGAGAUGGCGAAGCGGGAUGGGGCGGAUGCAAAGAGGCGGUUCGUGCUGCUGCUGCUGCAGUUCUCGUCGCUCCAUGCAACUCUCUUCCUGCUAGCUGCUCAGGUGAGUGCGCAAAGAGCAUCCCAGGGGUGGGUGGGGGUGAUUGAUGCUGAGAUGGCGAGGCGGGACGGGGCGGAUGCGAAGCGGCGGUUCGUGUUGCUGCUGCUGCAGUUCUCGUCUCUUCACGCCACGCCCUUCCUGCUAGCUGCUCAGGCUAAUGAAGCAGCCUUUGUGGGGUCGCUGCUGCUGCUGUCUGUUGAGGCACCUUGGGCCAAUGAAGCAGCGUUUGUGGGGUCGCUGCUGCUGUUGCCGCCAGUGCUGCUCGCGCGCGUGGCAGGGGAAGCUUCCAGGAAGGAGGAGCAGCUGGGGGAGACCGGAGCCCUGGGGUCCAGGCCGGCAGUCAAGAGUUCAGCCCGCGCGCGCCAGCUGUGCAAGCGGUGGUGUGAGGUGGCGCUGACGAUGCAGGGGCGGCUGCGAGUGGUGGAGGACACACGGGCGCUGCGCGCGCUGCUGCCCCGCGCUGAUGUGGCGCGCUUCGUGACGCGUGAUGUGGCAUACAUGGAGGCUGCUAUCGCCUCAUUGGUCGACGAGACCGAUUCUGCUGCUGCCACUGCUGCUACUGGAGGGGCCUUGGCAGAGGCAGUGGGACCGAUGCCUCACGCCCUCGCCUCUGCCCUCUCACUCGCUCAGCUCUACCACGUGGACUCCUGGCAGGUCCAUUUGACGUACGUCCGCUCUGUGCUGCUCUCUGAUUGGCCGGAGCAAGAUAUUGUCACUGAGGUGGAGGCACACAAAGCCGCCAUCUGUACCCGUCCCACGUCAGCCUUCUCCUUCCUCUGGACCUCCGUGCUCCCCCGCUUUCUCACUCAAAUACAGACAAAAACCCACACUGACACAGGGUUACACGCUCAGAAACACCCCCCCACACUCCCCACCCUCGCACCCUACCUCCUCCGCCUCCUCUCCCACUGCCUCCUCUCCUCGCUCUCCCCUCCCCCUCCUCCCUCCUGCCCUCUCACCCCCUCCCCUCCUCUCUCCCGCCCGCUCUCGCUCCCGCUCCCACCAACCCCUCUCACCGCACUCAACUCCUUUGUAUCGUCAGCGCAGAGCGCAGCAUCCCUUGCUCCCAGGCUCUCUCUUUUAGCAGAGCAGAUUGAGAAGGCAGGGGGCCUUCAGCCUUCACUGGAUGGGUGGGUGCUUCUGGGGGCGGCUGUUGCUGGUGCAGGCACAGCAGGAGCAGUUGGAGCAGCAGAAAAUAAGGACAUUGCUGGUGUUAUGGAGGUGGAGAGAGCAGUUGAGAGGGAGAUAGAGCGGUGCUUCGACGGAUCCUCUUGCCAGUUGAGACAGGCUGGCGUGCUUGCCGACUCAUAUUCCCCAAAGGUUGAUAUGGAAGAGAGGAGGAGUGACGGGGUGGCAAUUGGUGACAAUAAAGGCAGCAAGGAAGACGAGAAGGAAACCGGGAAGGGAAAGAGGUUGAGUCUGGAGGGGUUGCAGUCAGCCCGUGUAGCCAUGGCUGGAUCUCUCUCCCUGCUCUCAGAGGAAAAUCGGCGGGAAUUUACGCUCCUGCUGCUGCAGGGAUGUGAGCGGUGGGUUCUAGAAGCGUGCUCUGCAGGGGAAGGCAGUGGAGCGAAGAGAAGCGGGGUGAGAGGAGGUGGUCGUGGGAAGAAUGGGAGGGAGCGGAGGGGUGGGAGAGGGAGGGAGGGAGGAGAGGUGCGGAGGGGUGUGGAGCUUUGGCUAGAUGUUGUGGGGGAUUGGAUGGGGUGUCGCGGUGGGAGGUUGGACGGGGGAGAAGGGAAGGAGGAUAGGGAGGAGAGGGAGGAGAAAGAAGAGUCUGUGGUGGAGUGCGGGAGAUGCAUUCAGAAGCUGCUGACCAAUGGGGUCGUGACACGUCAGCAAGGUGUGCUACUCCUCCGGUUCCUCUCGGACUCGUUGCUGAAGACCCAAUUGUCCUCGGAUGAGAACAAGUCAGCUGCCACGUCAGCUGCCAGCUGGCAGCUGCCUAUUGGUACAAACCAGCGGCGGCGUGUGCUGACGUCAGCAAGGUCAGCAGGAGCCAAUCAGGGAGCGGGACGAGCAGGCGGGAAGAUCGGGAGAGGAAGGGAGGUAGGAGUAACGGCAAGUGCUGCUUCCAGGAAGCUUCCUGGUGAUGCGGGCAGCGAGACGGGGAGCACGGGCGGCGAACAGGAGGAGUUCGCAGUGAGUGACGUCAGCAGGGUGGCUGUUUCAUCUGCUCCCCGUGCCGCUGCUGCUGGUGCUAGCAGCUUUGGCAAGCCUGAAGCUUCCAAGAAGAAGCCUCUGGUAGUCUCCAAGGCUGUUGCUCAGGCGAUUAUGAGAGUGAUUCUUUCACUGGUGGAGGCGAGGGAAGGGGAGGUACAGCAGGUACUGAGUGUGAGAGAUGGGGGAAGUGAGAGAGAAGAGGAGGAGGAGGAGAGUGGGUGGGGGCUUGAUUUAUCAGGGAAUGAGGAGGAAGAGGAUGGGGGGGAGGAUGAGGAGAGCGGGUGGGGGCAUUUUGAGGUUCUUGUUUCAUCUGUGCGCUCUGCUGUGUGGAGGCUGCUGGUGCGCGUGGGAACGCAGGAGGGGGAAUCAGCACUGACGCUAAGUGCCACACUUAGCAGCGACACUGCUGCACACUCCCCUGUGGUGCAAAGUGCCACACUUAGAGCGGCUGUUUUGGAUGCUGUGAAGGCUGUAGCUCCAGCCUCGUCUGACCUAUCAGCACCUGCCACGUGGCUCUCUGGGAGAGGGUUCUUUGUGGAUGCUGUAGGGCUCGGGGUGAUGAGCGGUGUAGAGGGGUGCUGGGGGGUGUGGGAUCUGGAAGAGGUGGGAGAGGAGGAGGAAAGAUGGGUGGGAGGGGAUCAGAAGGAUGACGUGGCACUGGACAGGUGGCGCUGGGCGGCGCUGCGUUCCCGCGCGAUCGUGCAGUCUGACUGGCCGGGAGAGCUCGCUGACGUGGCGCCGCUGCUGGAUGACGUGGCAGCAGACGGCAGCUUCGGAAGCAUAGGUAUGGCUGCAGUCAAUGCAGCUGGUGAAAGUAGCUGCUGCUGCUGCCACUGA